AUGCAUUCCUUGUUUUGCUUUACCACACUUACACGUUUCUUCUCUGCUCCAGGAGGACUGUCCAUUGCUGUUCCAGGAGAAAUUCGUGGCUAUGAACUGGCACACCAACGUCAUGGCAAACUGCCUUGGAGAGACUUGUUUCUGCCCAGUGUCAAGUUGGCAAGAGAAGGAUUCCCUAUUGGGAAAGGCCUUGCAGCAGCCAUGAAAUCAAAACAACAGUCAAUUGAAAGCAAUCCUUCACUAUGUGAAGUGUUCUGCAAAGAUGGGAAAAUCCUGCAAGAGGGUGAUAUUGUCAAGAUGCCUAAACUAGCCAACACGUACCAGACUAUAGCUGAUGAAGGAGCAGAUGCCUUUUACAAAGGAAGCCUGGCAGAACAGAUCAUCGCUGACAUCCAGAGUGUAGGGGGCAUUGUCACGAUGGAAGACAUGCAGAACUACAGAGCAACAAUAGAAGACCCUAUAGAGGUCAAGCUUGGAGACUACACCCUAUACACACCUAAUGCCCCCCUGAGCGGCCCGGUGUUAGCCCUCAUUUUCAACAUACUGAAAGGAUAUAAUUUGUCUGCUGACAGCAUCAAAACUGUGGAGGAGAAAGGUCUGACUUACCACCGCACCGCGGAGGCCUUUCGCUUUGCCUAUGCCAAGAGGACUUUGCUGGGAGAUCCAAAGUUUGUCAACAUUACAGAGGCAAUCAGAAACAUGACGUCUGAGUUCUUUGCGGAUAGUCUCCGAAGGAAAAUCACAGACAACACCUCCCAUCCAAUUGAAUACUACGAGCCAGAAUAUUACACUGCAGAUAGUGCCGGCACCUCCCACCUCUCCAUUGUGGCUGAUGAUGGCAGUGCUGUGUCCGCCACCAGCACCAUCAACCAAUACUUUGGCUCUGAUGUACUAUCCAGUGUGAAUGGAAUCAUAUAUAAUGAUGAGAUGGAUGACUUCAGCUCACCUCACAUUAUCAAUGGAUUUGGGAUCCCUCCUUCUCCAGCAAAUUUCAUAGAACCAGGUAAACAGCCAGUGUCCUCCAUGUGCCCUUCCAUUUUGUUGGAUAAAACAAAAAAGAUCAGGAUGGUGGUUGGUGCUUCUGGAGGAACAAAAAUAACCACAGCAACAGCACUGGCAGUCAUCAAUUCCAUCUGGUUUGGUUAUGAUGUGAAGAAAGCAGUGGAAGAACCCAGAAUUCAUGAUCAGCUGUUUCCCGACGUCACGGAGCUUGAGGAACAAAUAGAGGAGGGUGUAGAAGAACAACUACGGAUGAGAAAACACAACACAACGCGGGGGGGCAGCGGCAUUUCGGUUGUGCAAGCCAUUCUCAGAACAGAUGAUGGAUGGGCUGCAGCCUCUGAUUCCCGGAAAGGUGGCAUCCCUGCAGGCUACUGACCCAGCUCAGCUCUUCUUCAUCAGGGCGCUAGUGACACUGAGUUGUGUCUGGGAGAAAGAUCCUUUAGGUCUGCAAUUCAGAGACUUGAACAGGAAAGGGAACAAAUUUGCCUGUGGUUCUAGUGACAGAACUGGGACUUAGGUUCUCAACAAUCACAACUGAAGUGCCUCGUGCCACAGCAGUGUGCUAAAUCAAACAUCUCUACCAGGAUGUGAUCUACUUGGAGAGUCUGUUCUGCCUUGAAGAGUUUGAUUCCUGCUUCUUCUCCGUCCGGGAAGUGUUUCAGUUAGGAGGAAUGUCCCUGUCACAGCCAGAGAAGAGAUUUCUUCUUGUUUGUGUAGACAGGAGUUACAGGACCCUGAGGACAAAUUAAUAGACCCGUGCCAUAGGAGGGAGCUUGGCUCCAAACUGGGAUAAGCCUUCACAAACUCACUGUUGUUUUUUUUUUGUUUUUGUUUUU